AAUCACUCGCGCGUUCAUUGUGAGUAUCGCUGGUUUCUAUUGGUGGAUAUUGUGACCGCUUAGCCAAUGACAGGCGGUUUUAUAAGACAGCACAACAUUUUCCUGGCGUGUGGAUUCAAGGUUUUUUGUCCUUAUCCCUGACAACUAUGGGUGUGUUGUCCACGCUGGCGCGGGGGCUGGUACGAGGAGCUGACCGGAUGUCGGAGUUCACCAGCAAGCGUGGUUCAAGAACUCACAACAAAGGCCGAGGCGCAAGACCCACAGGACUGAAACUGCCCAGCAGCAAGUUUCUAGCCAUUCCAGCCAUGAUUCCCGAGUUCGUGGUGCCCGACCUUGAGGGAUUCAAACUGAAGCCCUACGUGUCCUACCGUGCCCCAAAAGGAACAGAGGCUCCGGUCACCGCAGAGAGUUUGUUUGCUGAGGUGGUGGCACCCAAGAUCCAGAAGGACUUUGAAGAGGGAAAGUUCAGCAAAGAUCAACUGGAGAAAUAUGGAUUUGAACCAACACAGGAUGGCAAGUUGUUCAAACUGUAUCCCAAAAACUUUGUGCGAUGACCUGCAUACAAAAACUGUAUCAUUCCUGGACUCUAUGGUGGAGGUCGUGGAAUACAUUUGUUCUUCUGUGAGAUCUAUAUGCUGUCUACACGACGGAAUUGUCAUUGUGGAAUGUGUCAUUCCACAUCAGUUUAAUAAAAGUUAUCAGCCGACAUGUCCAAAGGUUGCCACCUAUUUGUGUUCCUAAAAUAGCUUCCGAUUUAAUAGGCUACUUUUUAACCAUGCAACAAUGAAUAAAUUCUGCACAGUUG